GUUCUCAAAGUCCGAACACCGAACCAUCUCUGCUAUCGCAAUUAUCAAUUCCAAAGUAAUCCACCAAAAAAUUUGACCUCGCCGAGAGAACACAUCCCAAUCCAUCGCCCGAAAUGGUUUGCGUUCCGUGUUUCAUCAUUCCGGUGCUGCUGUUUCUGUGGCACAAAUUCGUCCAGCCGAUCGUGCUGCGCUUCUGGAAUCCGUGGGAGAAAAAGGACAAGGACGGUAAAGUGAUCAAAGCUGGCCCCGAGUUUCCCUUCGAGUGCAAAGGUGGCGUGUGUCCGUUCCCUGGAAAGGAUAAGAACAAAACUGAGGCAGGAGCUAAUACAAUUGGGACGACGGCUGCAGAAAGCGGAAUAGCUACUGGUGCUCCGGUGAUAGCAGGAGAGGAAAGCAAAAAAAGUCAAUAGGUAAAUCUAGAAGGACGUUAUGGAAUUCAGUCUGAUUUGUGCUGCUAUGAAUUGAAAGAAAUAGUAUUGUAGGAAGGCGGUAUUAUUUUAUUUUCAAAAGAUUUUUUUGAAACAAUACGGACGAAAUCAAUGUACACGCUCCAUGCUAUGAAAAAAAUAUAGAUUCAUGAGUUGCUUAAAGAAUAUCUUAUUUUUCAACUAACAAAUAAACGAUAAAAAACAAAUUUACAGAAUUCUUCAUA